AUGAUCUGGAAUGGAACAAUCGUUAACCGAGUGAACCAUCAGAUCGGCUUGCAACAUGGCCGCCUUUUAUCUUCGGAAAUCCGAAGCCAGAUGGAAAUCUACGGCGCCAUGUUCGAACUGACUUCCAAGCUGUCGUGGCCGGCGGUGCUGGACAUUGCGGCCGAGUUCGCCGCGACCAUCAAACGCUUGACCCCGGACAUCCUCGACGAGAUGCAAGGCAUCGCCGACGGGGCGCAAGUGCAGCUGUUGGACAUUGUUGUCUUGAACUGUCGCAGCGAAAUCGCCCUCGGCCACUUCCACGAUGGCUGCACCAGUCUCGCGUGGAACGUGGGAGACGCAGCAACCAAGAAGGUGGUGCUGUCCCAGAAUUGGGAUUGGACGGCCCGGGUCAAGAAGAACCUGGUCAUGAUGUCGAUCGAACAGGUCGGGAAACCCAAGAUCUACAUGAUCACCGAGUCCGGGAUCGUGGGAAAGAUUGGUUUCAAUUCGGCGGCGGUGGGAACGUGUCUGAAUGCAAUUCGUGCCCGGCCGGUCCUGAGCACCAAAGUUCCCAUCCACGUUGCUCUCCGGCUCUGUCUCGAGAGUACCUCGGUCGACAGUGCCAGGAGCAAAAUCCAGUCACUGGGAGGCGUCGCUUCGAGCCAACACAUCCUCAUCGCGGACAAAGACAAGGCGGUCGGCAUGGAGUUGUCGCCUCUGGGAGACGUCUUUCUCCCGGAGCGGCAAGAUCUGGUGACCCAUUCGAACCAUUUCAUCAAGAACCGAUUCGUGGACGAACCUCCCUGGCUCGCCGGAUCCCCCGUCCGACUGGAACGGAUCCGGCAACUCACCGCGAAAUUGCAAAGCGAAGGAGUCAGUGGUGAUCUGGUGGAUGCAUCAUUGCUGAGAGAGAAGGUUUUCUCCGACACCUUCGGCGCGCCGCAGGCUAUCUGCUGCCAGGAAGACCCGACGAGACCGAUCCAGACGCGGAGCAGCACCUUGUUCAACAUCGUCAUGUCCCUGACAGAGGGUUCGCCUUCGGCAGAAGUGGUUUGGGGAAAGCCCGGUUCGGGGGAAGAGGGACCACCGUUGUCAAUGCCAUGGUGA